GAAAUUUAUUUUUCUUUUUUACAGUUGUUAAACAACGAAUGCAGAUGUACAACAGUCCUUACAGGUCAUGUUUUGAGUGCAUGAGCAAGUUGUAUCGUGCUGAAGGCAUUGGUGCAUUUUACCGCUCCUAUACAACACAGCUGGCAAUGAACAUUCCAUAUCAUGCCAUCCAUAUUGUAACUUAUGAGAAAUGCCAGAAAUGGUUAAAUCCAGACAGGCAAUACAAUCCAGGAGUUCACAUGACGGCAGGAGCGGCUGCUGGUGCUGUAGCUGCAGCUUGUACAACACCCUUGGACAUGUGCAAAACUUUACUCAAUACACAAGAAACCUCCACACUAGCCCAAGUACAGGAAUCCAGGAUUGUUGGAAUAAUGAGCGCACUUCGAACCAUUUACAUAAUGAAUGGCAUCACAGGAUUCUUCAAAGGAUUGCAAGCACGAGUACUUUAUCAAAUGCCUGGCACAGCCAUAUCAUGGAGCAUAUAUGAAUUAUUCAAGCAUUAUAUGGUACAGAAGCAGAAUGAAAGUAUGGCACAACGAUAUGAUAGUGAUCUUGUCAAGGACAGGGUAAUUAGAGACUUGGGAAAUGAAAGUGAAACAGCAAUAAAAUUUAGCAUUGACAGUGAAAAGAGCAUGCGUCUGAGUCUGGGUGCAACAACUAAUAAAACUGUGGAGAGGUUACGGUCUCUGCAUAUGCCCUCUUCU